CGCGGCAGUUGGGGCGAGUUAGUUCUAGCAGCGGGGGUCCUCGAACCCAGCGGAGAGUUUGUGGGCUGGGUCUCUUAACGUUCUCGCUGGCCAGCCACAGCCUGCCCGGAGUUGGACUACAUUUCCCAGAGCCACCGCGUCCCAAACGCGGCUUCAUUUCCGUUUGUUCGCGCGACUUGGGGACCUCGCGUGGGGAGAGGGCUGCGUCUGAGGGAGAGUUUGGCCUGGCUACUGCAGGGCGGGCGAACCCGAAACCGGGCUGGGAUCCCGGGCACCAGGUCCUGGACCCUGAACUGCACCCUCUGUCGAGCGCCCAGAGGAAGAAAGAAUGGUUGUUAUACAAUCAGAAGCAAGCUCCAAGUACUGCCUUUUCCAGACUCUGUGCUUCUCUAAGAUAGGAACCCAGAAGAUGAUUGAUCAUUUCUUGCAGCUUAUUAUGUUUGUGUUUCAGAGAUCAGUGAUGUUCAGGGAUGUUGCCAUUGACUUCUCUCAGGAAGAGUGGGAAUGCCUGGACUCUGCUCAAAGGGAUUUGUAUAGAGAUGUGAUGUUGGAGAACUAUAGUAACUUGGUGUCACUAGACUUGCCUUCAAGGGGUGCAAACAAGGACUUAACUCCAAAAGAGGAUACUUAUGAAACAGAAUUAUCCCAAUGGGAAAUGAGUGCCAGGCUUGAAAACUGUGAUCUUGAGGAGUCCAAUUCCAGAGAUUAUUUGGAAGUCAAAGGCACAUUGGAAAAGCAACAAGAAAAUCAGGAGGAAUAUUUCAGUCAAGGGAUGAUCAUAUAUGAAAAAAUGUCUAUUUUCAAUCAGCAUACUUACUUAUCUCAACUUCCCAGGUGUCAUUCUACUGAGAAACCCUAUAAAUGUAAGGAAUGUGGGAAGGCUUUUAGACGAGCUUCACACCUAACUCAACAUCAGAGUAUUCAUACUGGUGAAAAACCCUAUGAAUGUAAGCAAUGUGGGAAGGCCUUUAGUCGUGAUUCACAACUCAGUCUUCAUCAGAGACUUCAUACUGGUGAGAAACCCUAUGCAUGCAAGGAAUGUGGGAAAGCCUUUACUCAGAGCUCACAACUUAUUUUACAUCAUAGGAUUCAUACUGGUGAAAAACCAUAUAAAUGUGAAGAAUGUGGGAAAGCCUUUAUUCGAAGCUCACAACUCACCCGACAUCAAAAAGUCCAUACUGGGGAGAAACCUUAUGAAUGUAAAGAAUGUGGGAAGGCCUUUACUCAGAACUCACAACUUACUCUGCACCAGAGACUUCAUACUGGUGAGAAACUCUAUGAAUGUAAAGAAUGUAGAAAGGUCUUUACGCAGCUCUCACAACUUAUUCUUCAUAAGAGAAUUCAUACCGGUGAAAAACCCUAUGAAUGUAAGGAAUGUGGCAAAGCUUUUAUUUGUGGCUCACAGCUUUCUCAACAUCAGAAAAUUCAUAAUGGGGAAAAGCCAUACGAAUGUCAGGAAUGUGGAAAAGCUUUUAUUCGUGGCUCAUUACUUAUGCAACAUCAGAGGAUUCAUACUGGUGAAAAACCCUAUAAAUGUGAAGAAUGCGGGAAGGCCUUUAUCCGUGGCUCACAACUUACUCAACACCAGAGAAUUCAUACCAAUGAGAAGCCCUAUGAAUGUAAGGAAUGUGGAAAGACCUUUAGUCAUGGCUCACAACUUACUCAACAUCAGAGGAUUCAUACUGGCGAGAAACCCUAUCAGUGUAAGGAAUGUGGAAAGGCCUUUAAUCGUGGCUCCCUCCUUACUCGACAUCAAAGGAUUCAUACUGGUGAAAAACCCUAUGAAUGUAAAGAAUGUGGAAAGACCUUUAGUCGUGGCUCAGAACUUACUCAACAUGAGAGAAUUCACACUGGUGAGAAACCCUAUGAGUGUAAGGAAUGUGGGAAGUCUUUUAUUCGUGGCUCACAGCUUACUCAACAUCAGAGAAUUCAUACUGGUGAGAAACCCUAUGAAUGUAAAGAAUGUAGAAUGGCCUUUACGCAGAGUUCACAUCUUUCUCAACAUCAGAGACUUCACACUGGUGAGAAACCCUACAUAUGUAAUGAAUGUGGGAAGGCCUUUGCUCGUGGCUUACUACUUAUACAGCAUCAGAGAAUUCAUACAGUUCUAGAUCAAGAUGGAGUAUAAAGAAAUAUCAAACUGUGGUAGAAGAGUAACUGCAAGAUGUAAAAGAACUCUGAAGAGUACCCAAAGGCUGAGCAAGAAUAUCAAAGAAAAGAUAAAUUUUGAAGGUGGGCCCCAUCUCUAACUCUGGGGUUCAGUUCAAGUUUCACAGAAGGUGUGGUUUCAGCCCACUGGAUGGUGGAGAAUUUGGGUGGGUUUCCAGGGCCAGAGCUGAUCUAUAGUCAUCGAACAAACAGGAAACAAUCCUUUGGGACACAACUGAAUUGCAAAUGGUAUAGUUGAGGUACUGGUACAAGGUUUGGAGAACACGGUGUCUGCAUUGAAAGGGUCAUGGGAAACUGCCGAGGCAUAAGUGACCCACAGCUUGUGUGUGGGCACCUAGGGAGAGUCAGAAGCUGCUGUGGCCCAAGGACUACAGUUCACAUUAUCUGCAUCAGGAAGUUAGUCUGUUGACCUUGGCUGGGCUGCAGAGUUCCAAGAGACUAUAUGCUCUCUAGGUACAUGGCUGGGGCAAAACAGCACUGAAUGUUCUCACAUACCUGCACUACUAAACAGUCAUACAGGAGGAGCAAGAAAAAGCAAAACACUGCACACCAGGUCCAGUAAGAGAAGCCUAUUGAAAAGCUCAACAUCAUGCUCACUCUAAAGGAGAAAAUGCUUAGAAGCCAGUCCAUUAUAGUACAGCAGGUACUGAAAGUUAAAUUUGGAGCUGUGAGGCAAUAAAUUGAUAACUGGCACAAGGGUGGAUGAAUAUCUUCAAAAUGCAAACUCCUUUCAGUCAGAAAAACAAAUAAGUGAGUUGAAAAUUGUAGAAAUCCAUACGCAUUUUACAGAAAAGAAAACCUAAAUUAUCAAUAAACAUAAGAAAAAUUGUUCCUCCUCAUUAGUAAUCAGGGAUGUGAACCAGAACUACACAGACACCAGCUCACAAAUGUCUAUUGGCAAAAAUAAAGUUGGCAAGUAUCAAGAGUUGGUGAGGAUUUGGAGAAAUGGUAAUUUCAUCUGCUGGUGAGAGUGAAAAUCAUAACUACUUUGGAAACAUAGGCAAUACCUAUUAGCUUUAAAGAUGCAUAUGCCCAAUGACUUAGUAUAUAGACAUAUUAAGCAUAUAGAUAUAGAAUAGAUAUAUCCCCUAUAGAAAACUUACACAGAUAUACCAGAAUAUAAAUACAAAUAUGGUCCUAGUGACAUUGUUCGUUUUACUUUUAUUCAGUCUUAGAACUAUAUAAUUAAAUGUUUAUAGAACAUUCCACCCACUAACAGCAGAAUAUACAUUCUUUUAAGGACUCAUAGAGCAUUCACCAAGAUAGAUUGUAUGCUGGGUCAUAAAACAAACAUCAACAGAUUUAAAAGAAUUGAAAUCAUAUAGAUAUGUUCUCUGACCAUAAUGGAAUCAAACUAGAAUUAAUAAAAACAAUAAGAAAACAUCAAACACUUGGAAAUUAAUCCACACACUUAAAUAAUUCAUGGGUCAAAGAGGAAGUUUCAAGGGAAAUAAAAAAUGUAUUGAACCGUAAAAUUGAAAGUCCACAAAUAUUCGUAACAGCCUUGUUUGAAAUAGGCAAAAACUGAAAGUAAUUCAGAUGUCCUUUAGCAAGUGACUGGUUAAAAAAAACAUGGUACAUCCACACCAUGGAAUAAUAAUCAGCAAUUAAAACUUUAAAACAAAGAAUGAACUAUUAACACACACAGCAACUUGGAU